AAUUUAAAGUAGAUGCUGUUAGUGCUUUCGUAGUAAUAGCUGAUUCCUAUUGUGUUUCUGUUUUACAAAUUAAAUGAGGUGAAUCUAAAACUGCAAGGAAAAGGAAAACCCAUCCUAGGGUUUGUUAGAAGAAUAAAAAGAAAAAGAAAAAAAAAUUCUUUUUGCAGAAGCUAUCCAGAGCGAUCUAUGACCACUAUUGUUUAGUGAAAUAGCCCGCCCUGUUGAAGAAAAUGAAAAUUAAUGGUGAUGUUAAGGCUUUAUUUAUCUUUGUGACCAUGUUAUUUAUCUUCUCAGAUUCCUUUAUUUUAGAGUGUCCGCCUGUUAAAGAAGGUGCAGAUGUUAUUGUUAAAACAUACAUCCCUCAGAAUCAGAAUAACACUGUUACAAAUGAAAUACGGAAACUUGUUUUUUAUAGAGAUGACUCAGAAAUAUGUAGCUGCUCAUUAAUUAAUGAUCAUAUUUGUUACAAUAAAAUACAAAACGUGAGUAAAGACAUAUGUGUCACAAAUAAUCAGACCUCAGACAAAUUCAACACCACCAUUAAAUUACUUACAAUCCCAAGUUGGAAUAACAUCUCAUCCAAGAUCUUUAGUAACAAUACAUGGAAGGUGAACUUUGGAAACGUAAAUGAAACAUGUGACAUUAAGUUCUAUGCUUUUCGUGGCAAGCCAGAAUGUUACUCAAAUAUUUCAUCAGAAUAUCUCAAGAUAAUGUGUUAUUUAAACAAUGUUUUCCCACAAGCGAAGUGUGACUUAAAGGUUACACCAUAUGAGAAUGUUACUAUAUCUGCGACUUUAGAGUAUAAUGUUCCUGCUGGUGACUAUUACAAUUCAUCUUGCAUAUUUAAUUUAUCUAUGCCUGAGAAUGUAACAUAUAAAGGGAAGGUGACUAUGUACCCUAAUAUUACUGAUGAUAAAAGUGAUUUACAAUAUGGGCAAAGUGCUGAAAUUACUUUUUCAGACUCACAGGUUACACCAAUAGAAACAUCUACUAUACAACGUACUAAUCAAACAACAUCUUACAGUAGGAUUAGCGAAAUUAAUAUUGUAUUGGUCCUGACAGCAUCUGUUGUUUGCCUGCUACUUUUUAUUACUGUUGCUGUGAUCGUAACUUUUCUCAUUAUAAGGAGAAGAAAAGGUUAUAUUGAGGAGGAUAACUGUUGCACAUGUUCUUGGCUUACAUCAAAUUAUAAAUUUCUAUGUCAUAAUAAAAAAGUAACAGAAAUCAACAACACUAUGAUUUAUACACUUACUUUACCUAGACUAAAGAGUAAUAUUGGUGAUUCAUAUUCCAAUGUGAAUAAACUUCAGUUGUCAGGCUUUACAGUUUGUCAUUCUGAUGAUCUAAAUACAGCAAUUUUGAAAGUAACCCAAUCAAAGACAUUCGACGCGGGAUAUGAAAACUGUACGAGUGUUACAGGAGUUAACUUACAAAACAAAGAAAAACAACCAGACAUUUAUUUCAAUGGCGACAUCAUCAAGCCCAGUGUCACAAACAUCAAACAUUAGAAAUGUACCUAGAGGCUUUCGAAAAUUCCGUUGUAAAAAUGUGACAGUAUUUGUUGUACACUUUUAAUUCGCCUUGUUGAAUCGCUAUCAGUACUUUAUUUUUAUUUUUAUUAUCAAAGAUGUCUAUACAUUGUAUUUCAUUUGAGAAUGAUUAUCAUUAAACUCAUUUUAAUCAGAGCGUACGAGGCUCUAAUCCCCAAAAUCACUAGCCUGAACAGAAUUUUUUUUUUAUGUUUUUAACUCUACCCCCCAACCUUUUUUUUCUUUUUGGCAAAUAAAAUAAAAAAAAAAAAUCACCACCUUGUUAGCCAGAAAAGGAAUACAAAUCAAGCUAGUUGUUUGCGAAGGCAAUAGUCUGGCAUGCGGACUACAUGUCCCGUCCAUCGAAGUUGGGACAUUUUCACGUCGCAUUGAUACUUUGCAUGUUGGACAUCUCUGCGAUUUCUGUGUCUGGUAUCCGGUCGAACCAACGCACCUUAUGGAUACUUCUUAAACAGCGUAGGUGGAAGGAGUUUAACUUUUUUAUGUGGCGGUAAUAUUGGGUCCAGGACUCUGAUGCAUAUAAGAGUGACGGGAGAACUUCAAUACUGUAGACAUUUAGAUUUGUGGAUAUGCUGAGUCCUCUCCGUUGCCACACUUGUCCUUGAAGUCUGCCAAACCAGACUAUAGAAACAAUAUAUAAGUGUACAAUCUUCUAUGUUCAUGAGAACUUCACUAACAGAGUGCUUACAAAGUUAACUUGAGAAGGCUAAAGAUACGAGUUUAUAUUCAGUUCGUACCCACCUUCCUUUUUAUAUAAAUGAUUUUUUUUUACUGUUAGUCUAGAUCAUGGGCGUAGCCAGGGGGGGGGGGUUCUUGGGGUUCAAACCCCCCCCCCCCCC